GCUGCCGGGUGCCGCCGGGGUCCUGAGGGUCCAGAGAGUCUAAUCCCGUAUCGAGGAAUGGCAGACCCCGCUUCAAACUCACGGGUUUAGCUCACAAGAGGAGGUCCGCCAUGGCCAGCGGGAUAUUCAAGGUGUGUAUGAUUGUUGUAACGGCUAUCGUCAACCACCCACUCCUCUUCCCAAGGAACAAUGCAACUUUGCCGACCACCGAUGAGGCCCUCAUACAGAAACUCAGAGAGUAUGAGGAGAACCACAAAACCCAACAGGAACAGCUGGAAAAGCUCCUGAGUGACCAGGAGACCCCUCAGGAAGCACUUGCAUUCUGGGAUAUUUGGAGCGCCAUGUCAAUGUUCUUAUUACUUUUGAUUGAAGUUUUGAGGCAGGAUUUUAUGAACAGGAACUCGCAGGAUCCCGGGAAAGAAGAGGACACAUUCUUAUCGGGAAACAUGUUGAAAGGCGUGUCUAUUCCCGAGAAGACCAUCUUGGCAGCGUUUUAUGACCAAUGCAUCAAAGUGACCACCCACGAGGCCGCCAGGACCCGAGAGUUUGUCGAAGGGUUUGUGGACGACUUACUGGAGGCUUUGAGAAGUCUAUGUAAUCGAGAUGCUGACAUGGAGGUGGAGGACAGCGUGUGCGUUGGGAGUACAUACGAAAACUGGAGGGUGAACAAGCCAUUAGAAUGCGAUUUGAUCGUCCCGUUCGCCCCACCGGAACCAUUUCAGUUUGAAUGCCGACCUUGGGUCAUUGACCAGUCGAUUACUCCCCAUAAACAAGGAUACGGAACAAUCCGGGUUUGCAGACCCGAUGACAAAGAAGCAGGCUGUGUCUGUGGAAAGACCAAACUCGGCGAGGAUUUGUUAUGUCUUGUUCACAGUCAAAACAUAAAGAAAAAUGACAACGAGGAUAUGAAUUUACUAUGUUCCAAAAACUCCAACUACCUCGCUAAGGACCAAGUUAUGAUGUGGUUCCAGACUUCUCUAACAAAGGCGUGGAGCAAGAUCUCCCACAAGUAUGAAUUUGACCUGAAUUUUAGAAAUUUGAAUAUUCCAGGGGCCUUGAGAGUGAAAUUCAGAUCUGGGAAGGUGAUCAGCUUUAAUAUCACACCCGUGGUACAGUACGAAGACUCUGACCUGUAUCUCGUGUCACAUUUCCCCAGCGCACCAGAACCUCAGGACAACAUUUAUUGGGACAUCUCCUUCGCCGUUUAUGAAAAGAGGUUCCUCAAGGAGGUUGCCAAACAUCUCCCAGAUAAUUCUUGCCACCUCAGCUGCUUGCAGAUCAUGACCUUCCUUUAUUCCAAGCAGUGUUCUAUAUCCGGACAAACCGGCCUGACCACUUACCACCUUAAAACCGUCCUCCUGCACCUCUUGCUGGUCAGGCCCUCUUCGGAGUGGGACAGGUCUCACUUAGACAGUCGGCUGAAAGACAUGCUCAGAAGCCUGGAGAAAUGCCUGCUGGAGAAAAAACUCAACCAUUUUAUGGUGGGGAAUCCUGACCUUCCCGAGUCCGUCAAACUUCCAGAAGUCUUUCGUCUCGCGGAGCCUUUUAACCUUUUCCGUCCUUUCGUUCUGAACAGAGACCUUUAUCAGAACACGCUGGCCACGUUUUAUGAGAUGCUAAAGAACGUGAACGUUUUGGUCAAUGAGUAUACGUUGCACACUAGCUUGGAAUGAUGUUGGCCGGACCCGCGGAAAGUUCGAUUAAGCAAUAAAAGUAGUUUUUAAUUCA